GGUGAAAUAGUUGAACCAACCGAUCCAACUGGAAAAACAGAGACACCCUUACUUUACUUCAAGCGCUUUGUGACACAAGAAAUGAUAGAACUGAUAGUGGAUUAUACUAACAGAUACAGUGUCCAAAAGCAGGGUAAAUGUGUAAAUACAUCUGCGAAAGAAAUUGAACAAGUACUGGGCAUGUACUUCAAAAUGGGCCUUGUUGAGAUGCCUUCAAUACGGAUGUACCGGGAAAAAGAAACCAGAUACCCUCCAGUUACAGAAGUUAUGAGCAGGAAUAGAUUCCAGCUACUUCUUUCUCUGGUUCAUUUUGUGGACAAUGAAACUGGGUCAGAGGAAACCAAGAAAAGAUCGCCUUUGGAAAAUUGACCAUUUCUGGACAUGUUCCGAGCUCGGUGCCUUCAGACUACCCCUGCAGAACAUCAGUCCAUUGAUGAAAUUAUGGUACCCUACAAAGGCAAAUUUGGGAAUAUACGGCAGUAUGUAAGGGGUAAGCUGCAUCCAUGAGGCUUCAAAGUAUGGGCUAGAUGCUCUGUGCAUGGACUCCUUCAUGACUUUGAUGUUUAUCAGGGAAAAGGUGGAGAUAAAGGAGCAAAUGUGUUUGGGCAUUGGAGGAGAUGUUGUUGCAAAACUGUGUGGAACUCUUCUAAAAGAUGUAGGGCACAAGAUAUAUGCUGAUAAUUUCUUCACCUCAGUUGAACUGAUAGAGAAAUUGUCAGAAGACGAAUUCCUUUACGCUGGGACAGUGAGAAAGAACCGUCUCGCAAAGUGCAAUGUCUUGGAGGAAAAUGCCUUGAAGAAGAAAGGACGAGGAUCGCAUGAUUUUAGAGUAGAAUCAAAGACCAAUACCAUGUGUGUUAGAUAG